GUGUAUCGCGCUUACGUAACGCGACGAUGACUCGAAUGAUUCGAAGGACUAUUGGAGGAAGAGAUCAAAAGGAUAGCAAAACAUCUUGAUUCAUAACACUACACCAGUUGACCCAUACUAGCUGAUACCAUUGAUCUCGAGCAUUGGCUAUCUCCCUUUUUGAUCGCUUCGAUCCUCGUCUCCUCCACCGACGGUCCAGAAGUUUAAUCAAAACUAGAAGAGAAAUAUAACUACCAUGACGCUUGACGUGACUAGUUUCAUAGACAACAAGGGAGGGAAUGCCGAGGAAAUUCGUGAAUCGCAGCGGAAGCGAGGAGAGUCGGUAGAGCUGGUCGAUCAGGUCAUAGAUAUGUACGCGGAGUGGGUGAAGAUGGAUUUUGAGGCGAACGGCCUCAGCAAGCAGGUCAACGCGGUGCAAAAGGAGAUCGCAGCCAAGAAGAAGGCCAAACAACCAGCAGAUGACCUUGUUGCUACUAAGAAAGAGCUAGAUGCAAAGGUUGACGCGAAACGGAGAGAGACCCGCGAGUUCGAGGUUGAGAUGCGGAAGAAAGCUUCUACAGUAGGAAAUCUCGUGGCGAAGGAUGUCCCAGUCAGCUUGACUGAGGAUGACAAUGUAUUGCUCCGAACCUGGCAUCCAGAUGGUCCUAAUGGUCAAGUAGAAAAGAAAACGGAUAUCAUGCCUCACCAUGAAGUUUUGCUUAGACUAGAUGCAAUGGACCUUGAUCGAGGUGCCAAGGUCGCAGGUCACCGCGGCUACUUCCUCAUAAAUGAUGGUGUCGAUCUCAACCAAGCCCUUAUCACAUAUGCUCUCGACUUCCUUCGCAGAAAGGGAUACAAGAAAGUCCAACCACCAUUCCUUGUCAAUAAAGACGUCAUGGCAAAGACCGCGCAGCUUGACCAGUUCGACGAGGAACUAUACAAGGUUAUCGCCAAUGACGACGAGAAAUAUCUCAUCGCGACCUCGGAGCAGCCUAUAUCGGCAUUCCAUCAAGACGAAUGGUUCGAAGACCCCAAAGCUCAGCUUCCCAUAUACUACGCUGGAUACUCGACAUGUUUCCGUAAAGAAGCCGGCUCAGCUGGACGUGAUAUGUGGGGCAUCUUCCGUGUGCACCAGUUUGAGAAGGUUGAGCAGUUCGUGAUCACCGCUCCGGAAGAGAGCUGGAAUGCAUUCGAUACCAUGCUGGAGAACAGCGAAGGGUUCUAUCAGAGCUUGGGUCUCUCUUACCGUGUGGUGGCGAUCGUCAGUGGUGCACUGAACCUCGCAGCGUCGAAAAAAUGCGAUCUGGAGGCGUGGUUCCCAUUCCAAGGUGCAUACAAAGAACUUGUUUCUUGCUCGAAUUGUACGGAUUAUCAGAGCAGGCGGCUGGAAGUUCGUUGCGGUCUCAAAGCGAAGGACCAACAGCGGAAAGUCUACGUCCACAUGCUGAACGGAACAAUGUGCGCCACGGAACGCGCAUUGUGCUGUUUGGUCGAGAACUAUCAGACACCAGAUGGUCUCGUUAUACCCGAGGUACUCAGGCCAUAUAUGCAGGGACGGGAUUUCCUACCAUGGGUGAAGGAGUUGCCAAAGAACUUGCAGAGAAAGCAAGUGUAAACGUUAACCUGCCAAACGAAUACUUGCAACGUACCACGCGUUGACUUUGGUACAAGGUUACAUAAACACCAAUUCUCCAGACCUUCUAUAUCAAGGUCUGACUACGGGAGCAUCACCCGAAAAUUCUUAUCGAGGUAUUCAACGGCCU